AUGCAGAGCGUGAUUAGAGUACGUUUCCACGAGUACCGCAUGGAGCUGAAGGAACAGGAACAUCUGGACAACUGGCGCAGUGCACAUCCCGGUGAAAGAAUGAUUGACGUGGAUUUAACGCGAUCCUGUGGCUAUGAGGAUUUGAUGGUUGACGAGUGCAGCCCGAAUACAGUCAUUUGUCUCUGGAAUGCGGGAGAAUGCACAGUUGGUUUGCGCUUUCAUUGCAUCGGUACUGAGUUCACUGAGCGCAAACACGGGGGUGAAAAGGGUGUAUCGUUUCGUCUUCAGGUGGAAUAUUUUAAUGCCGAAACCAAUUGUCCUUUGGAAACAUGCGCUUGUCAAGUAAAAGUAUUUCGUAUGAAGGGUGCUGAUCGGAAACAUCGAACUGAUCGCGAAAAGUUGGAACGCAAAUCUCGAGAAGGACGCUCCGUCUACAAACCGUCCACUCCUGUAACCAAACUACUUCCUUUCCCCACCCGAAAUGUCAAAUCACAAUCACCNCCAGCCACAACUUCGAUGCUUACGUCGACCUCGCCUACGACUGCCUGUGUCUGCUCAUCAUCUGGUAAUGCAGACGUUUUUGGCCAACUCUCUCACAUUGAUCCGAGCAUACCAAAUCCGACCGCAGCGAUCACAGUCACAUCGAACAAUGCUGGGUCUUCCGAAAUUCAAUCACGCAGUGCGAAAGCUGCCUAUUCACCACCAGCCUACCACUACACGACGAAUACUCACCCGGGGUCUUCGCAAGCGCUAGGUGUUUUGAUCCGAACCACGGGUGGUACAGAGUUCACUCCACCAAACCAACCGCUCACCUAUCGAACGCGUCGCUCCUCCCCGGGACCACAUCUAUCGCCAUCACCCAGCCGUCAUCUGUCCGGUACAAGCUCAGUUUCAGCCAUGCAUCGUCGACGACGUCAAAGAGGUCUAGAUCCAUGCAUGGGUAGUUGUUCGGCCUGCGGUCGCAGUUGUCGCAAUGCGAACAGCCGUUGGGGAAAAGCAAACAAGACACGACCGUGCUGUCCGCAUUGGGAAACAAAUGGUCCUCGUGGGAAACAACCGUUUUGGUUGUCCGAGAAACGUCGUGCUUCAUACAGCUAUGAACGCUCUUCUGCGGUUUCCAUACCGAUUCGAAUGAGCAAAAUCACUCCCGCGACACCGGAGGAAGAAGCACCUCCGGGACCAAAAGUGCGUGAGUUGAGCACUUCCGCUGAAUCCAGUUUCGGCAACGAUGAACUCAGUAAAUGGACGUUGGUGGAUCCCCAGGAAGAAGAAACAAAUGUUCCGUCCACUGUUGUCCCGUCCCGAUUGAAUUCCACUCAGACCACGAGUGUAGCCUCAUCCACAGCUAUCACGGGUCACGCAUCACCGACUGUUGAGAUGUUUCAACCGGAUGUGCGCUGUCGCCCUUGUUCCCUGUAUGCCUCAGAAAUGCCUGCGGAAACAGUAUUGGACUCACGGCGGAAAGAUACUCUAGACGGUGCGCUGGAGCCGAUAGAACAAUCCAUUCCACCCCAUUCCGCUUGUGAUGAACCACUUCCCCCGGAGACUAUCGAGGUCCAAUCACCAAUUGAGGCUUCACACUCCGUUCCCGUUCAAACUGUGCCACGAAUUCAUGCCGGGAUGUCCGCAGCCGAAGUCGCAGACUGGUUUCGCGCAUCCAGUUUCGAGAACUUGGUAGAGAAAUUCCAGACAUUUACAGGGCGUGAUAUGCUUCGAUUGACGAAGGAAGAUUUCCUCUCACUUUGUGGUGCUGUGGAAGGCCUGAGAUUACACAAUGCAUUCUACAAUAAACCAACCAGACCGCGCUGUACCCUAUAUGUCAGUCGGAAGGAAAAAACAGUCUAUCAAGCUCUAAUGCUUUACGAGCUCACUCGGGCCGAAAUUCUGCGUCAGCUUGCCUCAGUUCUCUCGCUUCGGUUGGAUCAGAUUAGUACAUUGUGUGUGUUCACUGGGCACAGCAUUCCCGUGUUGUUGACAGAUGAGCUGGUCUCUCAGUUUAACGAUCAAAGUUGCUAUCACAUCGAGGUUGGAUGGAAUGCUCAGCGUAAAGCUAACGUAUUUCUGCGCCCUGUGUGA